AUGCUGGCGGUGUUGAGCAGCGAGGGGGCGUGGAGUACGACAGAGCAUAAGGAUGAGGCGCUGGAUGCGCUGAUACUGGCGCAGGCGGGGGAGUAUGAGCCGGAGGAGCGGCGGCGGCUUGUGGUGGAGGCGCAGCGGCUUGCGCUGGAGAAUGCCUACCGGUUUAUGCCGGCGGCGGCGGUGUCGCUGUGGGCCUGGUGGCCGAAUGUGAAGGGGCUGGAGCCGAACUUCGCGGGGUCGGAGUAUUCGCACUGGGCGCGGGUGUGGCUGGAGGAGUAG